AUCCUUACUGCACACUGUCAUUCAGAAUGGCGCCCUAUCUUGAAACAGUCAAAUCUUUUGCAGAUGUGCCCGUAACUGACGCCGGCGUGGAUACUCUGGCUUUCUUGGAAGCAUCUCAAGGACUGGUAGGGAUUUUCGAUCUUCUCGGAUCCAGUGCAUUCAGUGUCGUACAGUCGGACCUUAAGGGGAACAUUGCAAAAGUCCGCGCUCGAUAUGACACGACCCCAUCUCGGUCUACGACCCUGGAACAGCUGGUCGAAAAUGAAAAAGGGGAGAAGAAAAGGACUGCUACCGAGGGAUUGAUGUGGUUGUUACGAGGUCUCUUGUUCACCGGCAAGGCUCUUCAGAAUGCCCAGCUCAAUAAAGAGGAAGAGCUCUCGGUUGCAUUCUCCAAGUCGUACGAAGUUACGUUGAAGAAGUACCAUAACUUUGUUGUUAAAGGCAUUUUCUCGGUCGCAAUGAAAGCAUGCCCCUAUCGCGUUGAUUUCUACGGGAAGCUUGCUGCGGACCCCGAUGGGAAAUGUUCGGCAUCGCAAGAUGUUCUCAACGAAGAACUAGACAAAUGGCUCGCCGCGCUAAGCGAUAUUGUCACGAGAAUACAGGCCUUCUACGAGCAGGGCGGUCAUAACAAAGGAUUCUAAUAGUGUAUUUUUCUGAUUCACAGCUCAUCUGAUGGUCAAUUGACUAGGUGAAGCAUAUACGAGUACAGAUUUUGUAGCAGAUACUCGUGGUCUGUCAAUCAGUUCGAUGGAUUGUUCGGUUAUACGGAGGAUUCUUAUGCAUAGGCCGUUCCAGUUCUCCAGUCCUAUACUAGCAUUAGCCGCUAAGGGGAAAGCGCCUCUUCGGACCGGGCCUCCCUGAGAGACUUUACCCAGCGCUGAAUUACCGCAACAAGCAGACCCUAAUCAGAUAUCAAGACGCGCGAACGUUGUGCAGGUCUCGGUUACAAUCAUAAUGAUGGUGGCGUCUAAGC